CAAAUGUCUCCUUUGGCUGACUUUGCCUUAAUUUCUGGCCUGCAGACCCACUGGAUAAUGUUUCCAACCUUCUUUAGAUUAUAAGGUCCAAGGAACGGAACAGAACAAAUUUUUCUUUAGCAAUUUAGGCAGAGCAGGUAUGGGGGGGCUUCUCUCAGCUGAGCAAGAUAUUUCGGGUAAUUCUUUAGGCCUUGCUCUCGUUUCAAGGGGGAAUGUCUGGGAAGGCAGAACCCCAAAGGUGAGAGUCAGAGGAGAAGGGACCCGUGGGACCCCCAACAAUCCCAGCAUCCCUAAAGCGGGAUCCCAAACAUCCCAGACAGAGGAGACCCUCAGAACCCCAGAGGGGGGAGACCAGAGAGGGGGAACUCCUGGAAGAGUUUUUUUUGGGCUGAAUCUUCAUUUUGGCUGAACCUUAAGUUUUUACAGUUUGAUGAGAGGUUUCCACCUCGCUAUUUCUGAGGGAGUUUUUUGCAUGAAAGUAGGCAGAUUGGGUUUUUCUGUGCUGAAUUGUGAUGUUUUGGAGGCUUUUAUGGUCCCAGGAUGCCCGGUGAGUUCUAGAGAUGGACUUGGGCAGGAGGAACCCCCAAGGAAAGGCACUCAGCCCUUGUUUCCCCCCAUCCUUCCCAAAGCUUGGGCGGAUGGAGGAGGAAGCUACAAGGAAGAGGAAAAAGCCGCAGGCCCCCCAGGCAGACCCCGAGCUGAGGACGGAGAGCAUGGAGGACAAAUCCCCCCGGCAGAGCCUGGUGGGAGAGGCCGUUUUGAAGGGCUCCCUGGCACAGGAAGGCAGCGGGGAGGAAAAGGCCCGGAGAUGCCCCCGGAGGAGGGGCUGCAAAGCCAGCCCAGGGAGCUGUGAGGAGGAAAGACCCGGCCUGUGCCGGGAAGGCGGCCGGAGCUUGAGCCGGAGCUCCAAGCUGGUGGUCCCUGAGCAGCCUCCCAGCAGGGAGAAGCCCUUCAGGUGCUUGGAAUGUGGGAAGAGCUUCAGGGACAGCUCCGCCUAUCUCAG